AGCCGCGCAGCGCGAAGACGCCGUCGCCCUCGUCGGCCUGGCCGCCGCCAACAACGUCGUGAGCCCGCAUGCCAAGAAGUGCUUGGGCAUCAAGGCCACGCGCGCAGAGUGCGACGACGCCGCGCCCCUCGACGACGAGGAGAAGGGCUGCGACCGCGAGGGGCGCGACCGCCGGGGGCCGCCCACCAUGGAAAAGGGCGCCCGCGCCCACGCUGCCGGCCGCGCCUCCAAGGACGACGCGGAGGCGUGCGACGACAUCACGGUCACGCGCGCGGAUUGCGACCCGUCCGCGGACCUCGACGACGCAGCGAAGGGCUGCAACCGCCACGGCUGCGAGCGCCAGACCUUGGAUCAGAUCAAGGCGGACGCCAAGGCCAGCGGCGAGGCGGAGAUCCAGUUGUGGACCUGCCGCGACGACGCGUCCAACUUCAACUCUGUCGGCAACCAGAAGUGGGACCUCUUGGGCAAUGUCGCGCGGAAGAACGCGGGCGCUGGCCUGUGCCUGGCGUUUGUCUUCGACUUCGAGACCGGCGAUCUGGCUGAGCAGGCGGAGGGCGACGCGAGCGAGGGCCGUCUUCGCGCGUUCCCCGUCGGCGCCAAGGCCGUCUCCUCCAGGGCGAGCUCCCCGGCGCCGCUGGCGGGCGCGGCCGCUGGCGCGCUGGCUCUCGCGGCCGCUGCCGCUGCUGCCACCCGCUCCCGCCGCAGCGCCGGCGAGAACGAGCUCCCGCUCACGGCGGCGGAGUGGGCGCGGCGUCGCGAGUCAGACGUGAGAGUGAGAGGCCUCCAGUGGUCUGACAUCUAUCUCACGCUCACGUUUUCGAGCUUGCGCGGAG